CCAUGGGAAAGACAGCUGGGAGCGGGAGCUGGUGGAACCACUCUUGGUGGGGCUUGACCUCGGAGCUGGCAGCACCAAGCGCACAGCGCCCUGUCCUGGCAGCUAACAAAGUCGCUCUGCUCGACUGGGGGAGCUGCAGGGCUGAUGGUGGGGGAGUGGUGAUAUGGCUGCCCCAAGCCCUGGGGCUGGGCUCUUUCUCACCCCCUUCUCUGCCUCCCCCAAGGCUUACACCAGUGUGACCAAGGCCCCCAUGCAGCUGUGCGAGAGCCCAGACAUGGGCCAUGUGAUGAACCUCAUCAUGUUCCACUCCAAGAUGCUGGACUCACUGGAGGAGCUGGUAGUGGAGACUUAGGACCUGUCGGCCUUCUGGUUCUACGUCCGCCCCUCGAGAAGCUGUUUGCUCUGACCAUGGAGGAGCCAGCCAUGCUGUGCUUCACCAUUGCCUUCCCGCUCGUCUGCAGCUAUUUUGCCCACUGCAUCCACCCCAUGUGUCCAGAGGAGUAUCCCCACCUGAAAAGCUGCAGCCUGGGUCUAUGCAACAGCUUCCUGGAGGAGAUCGCCAAGCAGGCUGCCAAUUGCAUCAUGGAUGCAUGUGCCGAGCAGCGCAAACUCAGUGAGCAGCUGCUGCCCAAACACUGCGCCUCCACCAUCAGCAAGGCCCAGAACAAGAAGGCCCAGAAGCAGCCCCCCAAGAAGGGGGAGCCUGAGUGGGACAAGCCAGGGGCCGAGAGCCAGAGGAAGGACUGGAUUCUGGUGACCAAGUAA